AUGAGCAGGAAUGCUUUUAAAGAGCUUAAUCCAUCUGAUGCUCUGAAUGCACUUGAGGAUGACUUUGAUGACACUCCCAGAGAUGCAGAGAAAUUCAUCAGCAACCCUCUCGCAGCGUUUCAGCUUGUGAGAAAGCUAAGUCUAGCCUGGGCCGCUACGCAGGAACUUAUCGAAAGAAGACGUGCAAAAGACACUUUGGAAAGCCUGAAAUCUGCAGCUCAGACUCUCCCCAGUGCAGAAGAUGUAGAAGGUGUGGUGAUGGCUUUGGUUAGACUGCAAGAAAUGUACAGAUUAGAUCCGAGGAACAUCUCCUUAUUUUCUGAAAUGAACCACAACGUGACGCUGGAUCCAGAUGAAACUUUCCAUAUCGCCAUGAUCUCCUCUCUCAAUCAGCGCUUUCAGUGUGCCGUCCUCUGGAUGGAGGAAACCCUCAGGAAACUCAAUGAGGCGGAAGAAGCUGUCGUUACUAAAGACGAGUUAAUGACAGCCACUGAGAGAAAUCUACUUCAGCCUGAACUUUACACAAGCAUAAUAGAGAGCAUUAAGACCUGGCACUGGACCGCCGAAUACAUCCCUCAGCUUUACUCUCCUCAGCACUCCUUGGACAAAACAUAUGAGGCUCUGUGCACUGGAAAGAGGCUUACGAUG